UGGUUUGAAAGUGUUUGAGAUUACAAAAGUUGGACUAGGACCAGGUCUUUUCUGUCUAUGGUUCCUGCGCUAAGGUACACACUAAGGCGUCUUUCCUUACAAAAAUCUCUCCUAUGAGCUUCUAUGGAUUUCAUUCAUGAGCUUUUAUUGAAAAUAACUAAUUCUUUCAAACGUCGCAAAGUUUGUCUUCGGACUGCACGAGACAACUGCUAGUCAAAACUCAAUUGCUCUCUCAAAAGGUCAUAAGAAGCUUGUAAAUUUACAUGUUUCUUGACAUACUUUUUGUGAUCAAGUAUCUUAUCUUUUGUGAAAUCUACUAUCCCUUGUGGUCAGUGUUAGUACUGCCUAUAUGUAUUUGUUAUGUGCCUUUAAGUGCAAAUCCAAGUGAUGGAAUCAGAAGAAAAAAGAGCUGUACACUUUCAACUCCUUUCAUAAUUUUCAAUAGCCUUGGCAAUUGGUUCCUACUGCAAAAACCAUUGACUUAUCAACGAAUAUGGCAUGAAGGACAAACAAACCUGGAGGGAAUGAACUACAAACCUUCAAUUCAUAAACAACAUUAAAAUAGAAUACACACUUUUUUAUGAUUAUACUUCUAUCGAUAUACUACAACAGAAAAAGAGAUGUUUGUUUUUGCUUUACUACGAUAUCAUAUUCUUCUCUUUAAGAAAAAUACUUCAAGACUCCAACGAAACUGCAUAAGAAAGAAAAAGGAAGUACAGAGAAGUAGAUCCUUUUAAAGUUUGAUAUAAAGAAAAAAUUUAGGAACUAGGCUUGGUCUUAAAGGUCAGAAUUGAUUGUGCACAACAUUGUACAGCAAUGUCUGAUUCCAGUAUAAAAUCUAAAAAAAAUGAUGAAAUAGCCAAUCCCUCGUACUAUGAAAGUUGUAAAAAGGAAUUACACGAAAUGCUCGAAAAGCGUCACGAGCUGGAAUCUUCCUUGAUGGAAGUAGAAGAUUCCUUGUAUCAGUUAGAAGGAAACUAUCUGGAGAAGACAUCAGGGACAGGGAAUAUAAUACGUGGCUUCGACGGAUUGUUGAAAACUACUGGAUCAAAUUUACGACGUCGUUCAGAUUAUGUAGAAUCAGAUCGUUUAUUCUCACUCUCCUCUCUCACAAGUCCCAAUGCUCGUUCUGUAAAUUAUGAUCUAGAUGACUCGACAGAAACAAGCAGAAGAAGAAAGCGUAAAUAUGAGGGAAAUCAAGCCGAUAAUCGCCGUCGACUUUCUUUUCGUGAAAUGUAGAGUUCCGUAUCACAGUUAUACAGUCAACUCUCUAUAGACAUUUUGACAAAACAUAUUUAUCAACCGAUAAUAAGAGAAGAUUAAUAGGGUUUAUCGUGAUACAUAAUAUGAUGUUUUCUAGGGUUUCUGCAACGGUUGUUUCAGUAUUGAAUCAAGAACUCCUCUUUUACUUUUUCAAACGUGCAUAAAGCAACUUAAUAAAAAUAGUAAGUUUGACCUUUGGCCUGUACAUUUUUUCCUAUGUGAAUUACUACGUCCUUGAGAACUGCAAGCAGCAUGGCUUUUCACACCUGUUUCCAAU